AAUGAUGUGUUUGUUAUAUUCCUGUGUAUUAAGCGCUUGCUGUGCGGUUCGUCUGUACAGUAUGUUCUCCUCCACUGAAGAACUGUGUAGAUUCUCUCUUUCCUUUACUUUCGGUUUUCCUCUGGCCCGGCCGGGCGUCUGUGGGAAAUGGCUGGCCGCUAUGAAGAGAAGAAACUUCAAGCCCAGCAAGUACAGCAACAUCUGCUCUCAGCACUUCACCAGAGACUGCUUCAAGCGCGAGUGCAACAACCGUGUGCUGAAGGACCACGCCGUGCCCUCGCUCUUCUCCUCCAGCAGACUGCAGAUGCAGGCAGCGUCUCUGGAGGAGAGCUUCAGCGCAGACUUGGCCUUUCCUCUGAGCCUGCCGCUGUCUGAUGCAGCGGUGUGUCCGUCUGAAGCCGAGCCCGCUCCGCUCCUCCACACCAGCUCCUUCGUCUCCUGCGACCACAACUACAUGGUGGAGGACACGCUGCAGCAGAAGAGACGCAUCGAGCAGCUGCAGGAGCAGAUGGAGAAGCUGCGCAAGAGACUGAAGACGGUGCAGCAGAAGUGCAGGUGGCAGGAGAGGCAGCUGGAGCGCUUCAGAGCCAUGAGCAAGGUCCAGAGGGACGCGGCGCCGGGAGACAGCUACGUUAUCCUGCCCAAAGAGAUCUACGACGUCCUGAAAGGAAUAGAGACCAUCGGUGCGUUGUGAGGGAAGUCGAGCGAGAGAGAGUCACGGUUUUAAGUGGUUUUAGCUUUUCCUUUAGGGGUUUUAAUUCUUCUGUCAAUCAUGACUUGUGUUCUGAAUGUGUGUGAACGUGUUCUCUUUGACUGAAGGAGGUUCAGAUGGACAGACUGAGGUUUAGCUGCUGGAGGUGUCGGUGUCGGUUCUAGUCAUAGAUCUUUGUGGAACCGAAUGUCGUUUCAGGAGAGGAUCGUCCGCUUCAGAGCAGAACUAACUCAAUAACUGCGUGAGAGGAUUCAGGUGUGAUCGUAUGCAGCGUUGAAUUCAUCUGAUUCGGUCAGAGUAACUAAACCCUUUAGCACUUGUGGAAAUAGUCCAUGCGCUUGGAUGCCAGAUGAGCCCGGUGCACGAGAGACUCGACCGACGCUGGGGCUGAUGCUGACUCCGUGACAAACGCUUCAGUAAAUCAGGUUCUCAUUAUCUGCAGAUUUGUUGAAAUGGCAGCAGAUCAGUGUUUGUUCUGUUAUUAAAUGUUUUUUUUCUAAUUUAAUCCUCUUGAAUUUAUACUGACUAGUUUGUUUUGAUUUGAUUAAUGUACUAAGAUGACCAAACUGGACUUCACUAAACACAUUUUCAGUAACCAUAGAGUCACAUAUCAAAGGGCUUUGAGCUGUUCGCUGUUGUUUUUCACCCCUUACUGAUUCAUUUAUUAUUUACAAUACUUUAAUAAUCGUGGAAUCAAUUUAAGCCAUAUAUGGGUAAAAAUAGAUUUUUUUGCUGGGAAAACUUCAAUCAUAGUUGCCUUACGUCACAGUGCGUUGUUCAUGUGUUUGACUGUUUCAAUACAACGCUCUCAUUCUUGAGCUGAGCUUGUGCUUGAAUGAGUUUCAGUGUCAUCUAAAUGUCACGCUUUAUUACGGUCUUGUAUUGACACACUUAUUGGAAGAUGAUUGUGUAUAUAUGGUCAAUAGCUGGUCAGAUUUCCAAGGCACCACCCUUACAGAACUCUAUACCACAAUAAUGAAAGUUUCCUCUAAAAUAAGAAUUACUACACUCGGAUCAUAACAAAUAA